ACGAAAUGUUCAGAUCAUUGGUCCUGUUAAGUUCAGCUUUCCUGCCGUUUAUGGUUUUCAUAACCGGGGAAACAGUAGUGAACGUAAAUGAUCCAAUUACCCCGGAACAGUACCAAGCAGGGAUUGUCAGAGCAGGAUUUUCUACGAAUUGGUUCAAAACGAAGACGCCGAUGAAAAAGUACUGGGAACGGAACAUCAGAGACGUCCAUGAAAAAGGCUUUAGCAACUUAAGACUUCGAUGCAGGGCAGAUCUCUAUUCAUAUGACUACUCUACCGUCAAAUUCAAACGGUUUCUUAGCGACCUGACGACCGUUGUCGACCAUUGUCUGAAACAUGAUGUGAUUCCAAUCAUCUCCUGGGUUCACCAUCAAGCAGAGGCCUGCGCCAUGGAAAAGGACUUUAAAGCCUACGUGAAUUGGUGGACAGCGGUAGCACGGCAGUUAAAGGACAAGGACUAUAGACUGAGUUUUAAUCUUUUUACAGAACUAGGAAAAGACACUUGCAAACGAAAUAACAAAAAUGACGAGAGUCUUCGCCAGAAUACCGAGAAAUAUAACCGAUGGACCAUGAACGUGACGCACGAAAUCCGACGUACAGGUGGGAACAACCCUCAGCGUAUUCUGAUUUUGGGAUCUCCCGGAAAAACUGCCGAGGACUUAUCUAAAAUUGAUUCAAAAAUCUAUGAAAAUGAUAAGUAUAUGAUGGCUGAGUGGCAUCUUUAUGCCUCUGGUCCAAACAAAGUGCUUGGUUCCCAGAAGUACUGGAGCAGUGACGGCAGUUCUGAAGGCCAAAACAAUGUCAAAACUGCAAUUAAACACGCAACUGAUUAUCAAAAGGGGGAAAACGGUUUGCUGACAUAUCUCGGAGCGUGGAUGCCGCAAGAUAACGCAAAUGGUUCGAUAACGGAAUCGGAAGCCAUCAACUUUGCCCGUUUCUUUGUUUCCGAGCUGCACAACGUUAACAUACCAUGGUCUUUGAACGUUCUGGAUCGCUACUAUGAUACCAAAAACAGAAAAUGGCUGACGGGGAACCAGACGAUAAAAGGGCAAGCACUAAAUAUGUCCAGGAUUUUGGACAAUAUUCGUGAAGUAAUGCCAUAAAUCUGAAAAUAAAGAUAUAGACGAGUCUAGGUUAGUAAUCGUCUGCGCAUUAAAUGUAACUGGAAUAGUCAUGGUUUCAGCGUUUAUAACAGGAUUGUUACUAGAAUGAGGUCAAAUAUAUUAA